AUGCAUCCAGUCAGCUUUGGACAGAAUGGGACUGGAAGCACACUCUGCUCUGCCCGGCACAAGAAGGAGUCCACAGAAGCAUACCUCAUCCGGCUCACCUUGAAUUUCCUCAACGCAUGGAACGACCAACUAUACGAUGAGAUCCUCUCGGCAGACUUUUUGGCACCAGCCUACCAGAUGCAGCGAGGAUUCGGCAAGGUGGAAGUCGAAGGGAAUCCUCCUGUGAAUAUCCAGGGUCUUGUGGAGCACCAUCAGAAACUCGCCGCCGACAGUCCUGAGAGACAUGCCCAUGCGGUGGAGGCUAGCGCGGUUAUGGACAAGUAUCAUCUUUCAGGACAGAUCUUUGUGAGCGUGGAGCUUACGGGACAUCCGCCUGGGGUGAUGUAUGCUGGCAUGAUCGUAUCUGAGUGGUGA